AUGAGGAUACAUUCAGCAGAGAGACUUUACAAGUUUGAGGAGUGUGGUUAUGCUUGUAACCAGAGUUCUGACUUGAAGAAACACAUGAGGAUACAUAAAGAACAGAGACUGUACAAAUGUGAGGGCGGUACGACGUCCAAUCUUCUCAAUCAUAUUAAUAACAAACAUCCAUCUUCUGCAUCUUCGAAUGAUGUUGGGGACUCUAAGAAACAGUCGUCAAUGUCAUCGUUUUUGAGUACUCCUAAGAAAGUGUCUGUUUCCGAAAGUGAACGGAUUGCAUGUGCUAUUGCGGACAUGAUAGUGAAGGAUUAUGUGCCAUUAAGUAUUGUUGAAGGUGAAGGUUUCCGUAACCUGAUGCAAAUUGUUGCACCGGAUUAUAAAGUGCCUUGUAGGAAUACUGUGCGCUCGCGUAUAGUACUCAAAUACGAAAGUGAAAAGGAAGUGUUAUCCUCAGAACUCGCGUCCGUGCAGUCAGCCUCAAUCACAACUGACACUUGGACUUCCAACUCCACGGAAAGUUACAUUACUGUAACGGAACACCACAUAAACAGUGAUUGGGAUAUAAAAUCAAAUGUGCUGCUCACUAGGGCAAUGCCAGAGCGUCAUACUGGUGAAAACCUCGCGAAUAGGUUAACUGACUGUGUGUCCGAGUUCGGUCUAGGCGGGAAGAUAGACACUUGUGUUCAUGACAACGCGCGUAACAUGGAAUGUGCCGGUGAUAAGUGCGAUGAGUGGGGAGAUCUAGGUUGCUUUGGACAUACUUUACAGUUAUGUGUUAAGCCUGCUCUGGAGCUCGCAUCCGUAUCUAAGACAAUCGCGAGGUGUAGGAAGCUUGUUGGUCACUUCAAGCAUUCAACAACGUUAACUGCGGAAAUGAAAAAACGACAACAGGUGUUGGGCGAAAAGGAGCACGUGUUAAUGCAGGACGUGCCCACGCGUUGGAACUCCACGCAGCUUAUGCUUGAAAGGCUGCACGAACAACGGCGCGUAGUGACGGACAUAAUGCUUGACGGGAAAUUCACGAAGAAAAAUGACGCUAGGUUGCUUUUGAAGGAUUACGAGUGGGAAGUUGUUUCUGAACUUUCGGAGUGUCUCAGUGUGUUAACUGACGCGACCGCGUACAUGUGCAGUGAAAGUGAUGUAACAUGUUCUGUGAUCUAUCCUAUGGUGUGUGGAUUAUUUAACACGUGCUUAGCGGUUGAGGACACAGACAGUUCUCUGAUCUCGCGCAUUUAGGAGACAAUAAGUGGUGAACUUGAUAAACGCUAUCAGCCGACUUCAACGGAAACCGCGAAAUCAACACCUGUGCUCGCAUCUCUUCUAGAUCCACGUUACAAGGGCCUCCCGUUUUUGUCACGUGAUCAACGUAAGAUCGCGGAGGAGACCUUAGAGAGUCGUAUGGACGAGGCACCGUUGAG